AUGGAGCGGGCAAUAAAAGAGAGAAAAUUACUAAGAAGGCUAUUCACGAUCAAUGCAAAAAAGCUGGACGAUGCAUUGGAAAAUAGAGAGAUUAAAGAAGCCGAAAUAUAUUAUGAUAAUCUCUGUGAGAAACAGACAGCGCUUAAUGAAAUAGAUAAUAAAAUAUGUUCGUUGUGGCUAGAUGAAGAUAAUAGAAACGAAGCAGAAUUUGAAGCGGACAUAGAUACGACAGAGGAAUACAAAAAUAGAUGGUACGCACUAAAGAGAAAAUCUGCAGAAAUAAUUCGCGCAGAUCGGCAAAUGAGUACUUUACAUGAAACCGAAAGUUCAGCAUCAAAUGGGACGGUAAAAAAUGCAAAAAAUGAACGACGUUACCGUUUACCAAUUCUAGAGCUUCCAAGAUACAAUGGAGAUGUCAAGAAAUGGAUUUUAUUCUGGGGCCAAUACAAAAAGAUUCAUAAUGACGAGAAUAUAGACAACGAAGAUAAAUUUCAGUACCUAUUACAAUGUAUGGAGCCUGGUUCUAGUGCCAGAGAAUUAGUGGAGAGCUUUCCACCAAGUGGAGAUAAUUACUUUAAAGCGUUAGAACACCUAAAACAGAGAUUUGCUCGGGAUGAGUUAAUUAUAGAACAUUACAUAAGAGAAUUGCUGGAUUUGAUUUUACGUCAAGCAAAAGGUAUGGCUAAAAAUUCAUUACGAAAUUUAUAUGACAAACUCAUGACUCAAAUAUUAGGAUUAGAAACUCUCGGUGUCACUCAGGAUAAGUAUGCAGCUAUUUUAUAUCCUAUGGUAGAGUCAACUUUGCCUGAAGAAGUAUUGAGAGCGUGGAACAGAUCACAGAUGCGAUUAGAGAAGAUUGAAUUGGCUCAAUUAUUAAUUUUUUUACAAAGAGAAGUAGAGUCAGAGGAACGUAUCAGUCAAGCAUGUUCCAAUUUACAUAGAGGAGUUAAUGAUAGUAUUAUUCCAUCAACAGCUUGUUUUACAGUUUCGGAGAAGAAUGGUAAGAAUAAGCCAGAAAACAGAGAGAAAUAUGUGAGCAAUACUUUUAGUGACAAUAAGCCAUGUUGUAUUUGGUGUGAUAAAAACAGUCAUACAAGUUCGGAGUGUAUGAAAGCACAAAGGAUGUCAUUAGAAGAACGUAGAACACACUUGAAAGAGAAGAAUUGUUGUUAUAUAUGUAUGAAGAAGGGACACAGUGCUGCCAAAUGCAGAGCAUAUCCCAAAUGUUUGAUUUGCAGUCGACGACAUUUUACUCUAAUGUGUAAUAAUUUACAGAAUUCUCUACAACAGCCUAGAUCGACGAGUAUGACGUCAUCAAGUUCGGAAAAUAAUACAGGGACGACAUCGAGUAGCGACAGAGGAGUUGUAUUGAGUCAAACAUCGGGUUUGUUGUCUAAAUGUCAAACUGUCUUAUUACCAACACUGAAGGUAAAUAUUGUUUUUGAUAAUAAUAUUGUGUCAGUUAGGACGUUAUUGGAUUCAGGAGCACAACGUUCUUUUAUUAAAAAAGAUAUUAUUGAAAAUCUAAAAUUAAAACCUAGUAGUACGGAGGUUGUAAAACAUAAUUUAUUUGGUGGCAUUACAAGUAAAGAAAGUUGUCGUAGUUUGUACAAUUUAAAUAUUUCAAGUAUAGACUGUUCAUAUAGUUUACAAAUAGAAGCUUUAGAGGAAAAGGUUAUAUGUAAUUACUUGCCUAAAAUUAAUGACUAUGAGAUUUCAAACAAGCUAAGGAGGCAGGGUAUUGUAAUAAAUGACAAUGACAAUGUAACAGAUAUAGGUUUGUUGAUAGGAGCAGACAUGAUAGGCACGUUGCUCACAGGCCGUGUAGUUCAAAUUACUGAUAAAUUAGUUGCUUUAGAAACUAAAUUAGGAUGGACUGUACAGGGACCUAUUCAAGCUACGUCAUGUUUUUCUGUCAUUAACAGCAAUAUUAUAAAUGUAUGUCAUUGUACUUUUGAUAUUGCCGAUUUAUGGAAGUUAGAGACAAUGGGUAUUUCUGACCCAGAAGUGGUAAAAAAGCGUAAUGAAACUGAUUUGGAAAUAUUAGAAUAUUUUAACAGUACAGUCAGGCUAAAUAAUUAUGAUAGGUAUGAAGUGAACCUUCCUUGGAAAGAUGGUGGAUAUAAAAUGCAGCUUGUGACUAAUUAUGAAAUUGCAUUGAAACGAUUAAAGUCGACUACUACUAAAAUAACUCAAUUGGGGAUACUCAAGGAAUAUGAUGAAGUUUUUAAAGAAUGGUUGCACAGUGGUAUAAUUGAGAAAGUAAAUAAUCCGAAUUCAAAUCAAGGUCAUUAUCUGCCACAUCAUGCUGUUAUUAAGGAAUCCAGUUUAACAACAAAAAUUAGACCUGUAUUUAAUGCAUCAGCAACUCAAAAAGGUAGUAUAUCUUUGAAUAAUUGUUUGGAAAAGGGUAAUAAUUUGAUAGAGCUUAUUCCACCCUUAUUGAUUAAAUUUCGAAAAAAUGCUAUCGGUAUUACGGCUGAUAUAAAAAAGGCAUUUUUACAAAUUUCAUUAAAACCCGAUGAUAGAGAGUACUUAAAAUUUCUUUGGUGGAAAGACGUCAAUAAAACAGAUGGAGAUAUGGUAACGUACCGUCACUGCAGAGUGGUCUUCGGAGUAACGUGUAGUCCCUUCCUUCUUUCAGCAACCAUUUUAUACCAUUUAAAUAAGUACGAUAACCAUACAGCGAACGUACUGAAAAGUGCAUUUUAUGUCGAUAAUUGUGUAGUAAGCGUAGAUAGUAAAAAAGAGAUGGAAACCUUUAUAAGCGAGUCAAAGUUAAUUAUGCUUAAAGGAGGUUUUGAGUUACGAUGCUGGGUAACUGGACCACAUAUGGUAGAUAAAAAUGUUGAAACUAUAUCGGUACUAGGUUUAAUGUGGGAUCCAAAGCGAGAUGAGAUUUUUUGCAAAAUUCCUCAAUUCAAUUCAGAAUAUAAAGUAACAAUGAGGACUCUUUUGUCAUGUACUCAUAGUAUAUUUGAUCCCUUGGGAUUUUUCUGUGCUGCGACAUUAUUACCAAGGUUGUUAAUUCAAAAGUGUUGGCAGUUAAAACUUAAUUGGGAUGACGAAGUACCUGAUUCUAUAGAAAAACCGGCAAAAGAAUGGAUGAAUCAAAUAGGUAUUUUACAGGACUGUCAUUUACCACGCCGUUUGAGUGACACAUCAUUAAAAAAUAGCAACAAAUCUUUACAUAUAUUUAGCGACGCUAGCCAAUUGGCUUAUUCAGCUUGUAUAUUCUUACGAUCAGAGUUUAAUGGAAUAGUGUCAGUAAAAUUAGUAUUAGCUAAAAACAGAAUAACUCCACCAAAACCAACUUUAACUAUACCUCGACUUGAGUUACUGUCCGCAUUGAUGGCAAGCAGACUUGCAGUUCAAGUUAAAAAAGCUAUGGAAUUAGAAUCGUGCAAAGAAUAUUACUGGUCUGACUCUAGUAUAGUUUUAUCCUGGUUUACUAAAAGUGAUUUAAAUGUUUAUGUACACAAUCGGGUAAAAGAAAUUAAAGAGAAGACAAACGUAAAUAAUUGGCACCAUAUUCCAGGAAAUUUCAACCCCGCUGAUUUACCUUCGCGUGGUUGUAACCCUCAAAGUUUAAUUAAUAGUAAAUGGUGGAAUGGACCGGACUGGUUACGAAAACCAGAGUCAGAAUGGCCGUUCUCAGCAAUCAACCCAGAUAUUAAUGAGGUAAACAAAGAGAUUAUUAAGAGGUGUCUUCUGGUUAAGAAACAUGAGAACUUUACUGAAAAUCUGACAUACUUUUCUGAUUUCAAUAAAAUUGUAAGAAUGAUAGGAUGGUGUUAUAGAUUUGUAAAUAAUUCAGGAAAGAAGAAUAAUAAACAACAUGGAAAUUUAAUUGCAGAAGAGUAUGAAUACGCGGAGAUGAAAUUAUUACAUUUAAUUCAGAAAGAGACUUUUAACGAGGAAUAUAUAAAAAGAUUGAAAUUAGAAACAUUUAGGGACGGUGAAAAUAUAGUAAGAGUAAAGACACGUGUGACAUUGUCUGACAAUACUAAUAAUUUUAUAAGACCAAUAUUACUACCAGGUAAAAAUAUAUUAAUAGAACGUCUAGUAAGGCUGAAACAUAAAGAAACAUUACAUGCUGGAUCUCAAACUUUAAUAAACUGCGUACGAGAACAGUACUGGAUUAUUGGAAUUCGGCGUUUAGUAAAAAGUAUUAUUAGACAUUGCGUUGCAUGCAGAAGACAUAAUUCUCGACCGUACACUGUUCACAGUGCACCUCUUCCGGCCGAUCGUGUUCGAUGUGGUGCUGCCUUUGAAGCUACAGGAAUCGAUAUGGCAGGACCCUUAUAUUUAAAAUCCGGUGACAAGUGUUGGGUUGUAUUGUUCACCUGCGCAACUUAUAGGGCUAUCCAUUUAGAACUAUGUACAUCUUUAUCUACAGAAGAUUUUCUGUUGUCACUUAGGAGAUUUUUAGCACGUAGAGGUAGAGUACGUACUAUUUAUAGUGACAAUGGAACGAAUUUCCGUGGAGCGCACAGUUUAUUGAAUAAAAUCGAUUGGGCAGAAAUAAGCAAGAAAUCUUCCAUUCAAAAACUACAAUGGAAAUUUAUACCCCCUAAUGCGCCGUGGUGGGGAGGAUUUUGGGAGAGACUGAUUAAAAUGUUAAAAGAGUUAUUGCGGAGAAUGUUGGGAAAAGCGGCUCUACAUUAUACAGAAUUAUUAACUAUCUUGACAGAAUGCGAAGCUAUUUUAAACAAUAGACCUCUUACAUAUAUUACGGAAAAUACGGAAAAUUUGAUGCCGUUAACACCUUCUAUGUUUAUAAACUGUUUAUCAUACGACGUUUCAGAUUUAGAUGAAGUAAAUACAGAAUCAUUAAAUAAUCGUUUAAAAUAUAUUCAGAAAUUAAAGAACGAUUUUAAAGUGCGUUUUAGGAAUGAAUAUUUAGCUAUAUUAGCCCAAAAGACACAAAAUAACAGAAUACAAAAGGGAUUACAUGUUAAAGUCGGUGAUAUUGUUCUUAUUGAGAUCAAUGAUACGAAGAGAGUUAACUGGCCGUUAGCUAUUGUGGAAGAAUUGUAUCCGGGGGUUGAUGGUCAUGAAAGAGUAGCUCGCCUCAAGACAACAUAUGGAGAACGCAUAAGACCAUUACAAAGACUUUAUCCUUUGGAAAUAUCCACAGUAGAUCCUAUUGCAAAAGAAGCAAUAGCGGUACUUCCUAAAACCACAAGAUCGGGGCGUGUAAUUAAAAUUCCGCAAAGAUUACUCGUGUAA